CCCGAUCACUGCCGCUUUGCCGGGGCUGCUCACCAACAACCAGCCGGCCCGCAUCUUCGAGCGCGUCAAGCUGGACAUCAACGCGUUCGAGGACGCCUACUCGCUCGCGCGCCGCCGCGACCUGCACGACUACUGCUACAUCGAGGGCACCAACCCGCUCAACGUCUCCCUCACCUUCUAUAAGAUCGAGGUGGACAUCUUCUACGACGGGGAGUGGAUUGGUGACGUGCACGUGCCGUGGCUCGACACGCCGAUCAACAUGUCGGCGUACCAGCAGCGCUACACGCCGCCCGUGCGCUUCCCCGUGCGGCUGAGUGCCUCGACCACGACGGUGCUCAGCAUGUUUGAGCGGCUGAUGCUGCCUAACGGCCUCAUCUACGUCGACGUCGCCGUCAACUUGACCUUCUCCGCCGGCAACCAGGUCUACACCAUGCCACACUACGACACCGGGGUUGAGGUGAGCCUCCAUUUAUGACGUGCUCAUGGUCCUGUGCCUCGUGCUCAUGGGCCUUUGCCCUCCCUCCCCCACCCUUGUGGCUGCUUUGGUGUACGCAUGUGCAUACCCUUUGGUCCUUAUUGAGGCUCGCGAGCUGGCUCGCCCUUGCGGUGGCCACCGCUGGCCAGCUGCCCCGCUGCUGCUCGCGGGCCUGACAGCAUUUUGCCGACUGUGUCUGUGUGUUUUCUAGC